CCAUUCUUACUCCAACCACGUCACAUCACAUGACAGAACACUAUAACCACAUCCCCUAAGUUCAAUCUCUCACCAAAACCGUAUACACAACACAAAAAUGGACAUCUUCGCCCCAGCCCCACCCCCACCGACCGCCCUCGGCCGAUACCGCCCCCUGUCGUCGACAGCCGGAAUCCGAGUCUCGCCCUUUCAGCUCGGGGCAAUGUCAAUCGGCAGCGCGUGGUCCGGCGGGCUCGGCUCGAUGAGCAAAGAGGCGGCGUUCGCGCUGCUGGACGCGUACGUGGCAGCGGGGGGCAACUUCAUCGACACGGCCAACAACUACCAAAACGAGGAGUCGGAGCGAUGGCUGGGCGAGUGGAUGGCUGCACGCGAGGUGCGCGACCACCUGGUGCUGGCGACCAAGUACACGGGGCUGUACAAGCCUCCUGCUUCCAGUAGCACCGGCAGCACCCCCAGCAGCAAAGAAAGCCAAUACAACCCGCAGUACCCGAAAGUGAACUUCGCAGGCAACCACCGGCGUAGCUUACACCUAAGCGUGCACGACUCCCUGGCCAAGCUGCAGACGUCCUACAUCGACAUCCUGUACGUGCACUGGUGGGACAGCACGACGUCGAUCGAGGAGGUGAUGGACAGCCUGCACAUGCUGGUGCAGCAGGGCAAGGUGCUGUACGUGGGGAUCUGCAACGCGCCGGCGUGGGUGGUCAGCGCGGCGAACACGUACGCCCGGCUGCAGGGUAAGACGCCCUUCAGCAUCUACCAGGGCCGGUGGAACGUGCUGCACCGCGACCUCGAGCGCGAGGUGCUCCCCAUGGCGCGGCGGUUCGGCAUGGCGGUUGCGCCGUGGGAUGUGCUUGGUGGUGGCAAGUUCCAGACUGCUGAGGCGAUGGCCCGGCGGAAGGAGAGUGGGGAGGGGCUGCGGAAGAUGAUGGGGAGCGGGGAUCAGACUGACGAGGAGGUGCGCAUGAGUGAAGCACUUGGAAAGGUGGCGCGCGAGCAUGGCAUUCAGUCUGUUACGGCUGUGGCGCUGGCGUAUGUGCUUUCUAAGGCGCCGAAUGUCUUUCCUGUUGUCGGUGGCCGCAAGGUCGGGCAUCUUAUGGAUAACAUCCAGGGGCUCGAGUUGCGGUUGACGCCGGAGCAGAUUCGUUUCUUGGAGGGUGUUAAGCCGCUUGAGAUGGGAUUUCCGCAAAAUAUGCUCGGUGAUGAGCCGGGGGUUUCGGGGAGGGAGGGCAUGGCGUUGGCGAAUGCGGGCGUUGUCGAUUGUGUGAAGUUUGAGAGGCCUGUUGGGUAUGCUUGA